ACGUAUGUACGUACGGACGUUGGUUGAAGCGGAAAUGAACUGAAGCUAAGCAUUGGAGAGCAUCAAAAUAUUGAAAUCCUUUCGUUUUCAAAUCGUACAGUAACCGUGCAAUAUAAGAACACAUAUCAGAUAUUCAGUUACACAGACUACCGAUUUCGUUAACGAUUGGGUACUUAAAUUGCGUCGAUCAAGAUGGAGCAGGACACCAGCCCAGAGUCUGUGGCCUCACCUCCUCCAGGUGCCGCCGCUAAGUCAAAGUUGGAUACGUUGUCCAAAGAUGACCUCAUCAAGUUUGCCAAGAAGCAGAUGGCUGCCAUACAGAAGAUGAAGUCCAAAUGUGCAGAUUUGGAAAAGGAGGUCGAUAACCUAAAAUGUCAGCCAAAAGGCAAUUCAGGUGACUCCAUCAUACAGGAGCUGACCGAGAGGAUGAGUGCCUUGCUGCUGGAAAAGGCUGAGACCCAGCAGAGUGCGGUGUUGCUGCGGAAGGAGAAUGAGAAGAUCAAGCACCGGGAACAGGAUGCAGUAGGGAAACUGGCCACCCUGCUGGGAGAGUUGGACCAGACCAAGGAAGACCACCAGAAGAAAAUUGCAGCCUUGGAGAAGAGCCUAGACUCAUCCCAAGCCAAACACAAAGAAGAAGUCGAAUUCUUCCAGAGGCUUCUGAGGAAGAAAGAAGAGAAUGACAGAGAGAAAGAGAGCGAAAGAGAGCAAGAAAAGCAGAGAGAAAGGGAACACUCAAACGAGAGUGUAGAAGCCAUUAGCCGCAGCCUGGAGUCACAGAUCCUGAGUCUGCAGACGGAGCUAGCUGCAGCCUUGGAGCGAAGCGCCCAGGUGGCUUCAGCGAUGCAAGAAGACCACCAGAGGGCGCUGACAGAGGCCCAGCAGGAAGUAGAGAACCUGAGAGAGGAGUUGGCUCAGCAUAGUGUGCAACAUGAAGAGGAGCUGAGAGCUCUGGAAGAGGACUUUGAGAAGGAGAGAGAGAGACUGCUACUCCUCCAAGAGGAGCUCAGUGAGCAGCUGGCUCUCAAAGACAGCUUCCUGCAGGAUGUGCAGGAAGAAGAGGAGGAGCCUAGCGGCCGCAGCUCAGGGAUAGCCAGGAUGUUGGAGCUGUCUGGUGUAAGUCAGAUUAAUGCCAGUGAUGGAGAGACAGAGAGCGGACAGCUACGAUCCGCCCUGGAGGACCAGCAAUCCCAGAAUACCAUGCUGCAAGAUGAGCUGACCUUCCUGGGCAAUGUGAAGACUGAACUGGAGGCGGAGCUUGAGAGGGUGAGGGAGGAGUUUCAGACAGAGAAGGAGGAACUACAGUUUAAAAUCGAAGAGUUGCUGAUGACCCGGGAGGUUGCGACCCCUAACCGUGACCUUCAGGAGGCUCAAGCUUUCACUCAGCUCCAGCAGAGCGGCCCUCAGAGAGAUUCAGUGGACGGCCUACCUGCCAGCCCUGCUAGCCCCUCCAGCCCCAGACAGAGCCUGUCCAGCCCUGUCCCUGGUGCAGCCCACCAGAGCCUGACCCUGCAAGAAAAGCAGGGUCAGGCUCAGGAGCUGAGGUCCCAGUGUGAGUCCCUAGACAGGAGCCAGGCGGUGGCUGAGUACGAACACACCAGAGACAUCCUGAGAGGCCUGGAGACUGAGCUAGGUCAGAGGACCGGGGACUUCACCAGACAGUAUGAAGCUAUGAAGGAACAGGCGGCUUCUGCAGUCCAGGAGCUACAGGAGAGCGUCAGAGGGCUUACUGAGGAGCGAGAUAGUCUGGUGGAGAGGGUGAAAGGGUUGGAUGAAGACAGAGACAGCCUGUUGGAAAAGGUCCAGGGCCUGGAGAAGAGGCUGGAGAGCUUCCUGGAGCAGACACAGGCAGCCGAGGGGCUGAAGAAGCAGCUGCAGACGUCUCUGGAGGAGAAGACUGCGUUAGCCCUCAAGCUAAAGGACUCAGUAGAGGCGCAGACAGUGUUAGCCUCUGAGCUAAAGGCAUCUCUUGAGGUGCAGACAGUGUUAGCUGUAGAGCUAAGGGCUUCAGUGGAGGAUCUGAGCAAGCAGAACGGGGAGAUCCUCUCUCAGCUACAGAUGAAGGAGAGUGCUGUUCAGGAGUUAGAGGAGACAGUCAAUGUGGUGAGCACAGCGAGAGACAGAACACUGUCAGCACUGCAGGACAGAGAGAUGGAGGUGAUGAGGCUGUGGGAGGAAAGAGAGAGGGAGGUGGAGGAGAGUCAAGGCCAAAGAGGGGAGGUGGCUGAGCUACAGGCUCGUAUAGAGGAGUUAGAGAAGGAGAGGCGCCUGCUGAAGAGUAAUCUAGAGGAGGUGCAGAGGGAGAGGUCUGAGAAUGUGCAGGGGAGCCCAGGGGAAGAGUUGGAGGAGCUGCAGGCUCGUAUAGAGGAGCUGGAGAAGGAGAGGAGCCUGCUGAAGAGUAAUCUGGGGGAGGUGGUGGGAGAUACUGAAGCUCUACAGAAAGACCUGAGGGAGAUGAAACUGGCCAAUGAGAAGAUGAGAACAGAGAACCAAGAACUACUGACACAGGUCAGCCAGGCUACAGAGACACUGUCAGACAGAGAGAGGGAGGAAAAGGAGGGAAGAGAGACGGAGAGAGAGGAGGAGGAAGAACAGGCGGAGAAGGAGAGGAGAGAGCUACAACAGCAGCUAACAGAGAAGGACACAGUGAUAUCUCAGCUGAGAAGUGAGAUGGCUGGCUUACAGUCUACAGCCCCCUCUCCUGUCUCAGAGGAGAACACAGCCAAUGAGUUCACUGAGAAAAUCGCCCUGCUGGAGAAGGAAAGCAAAGRGAAGRAUGAGAGGAUGAAUAAGAUCAAGGCKGUGGCUGUGAAAGCCAGGAAGGAGCUGGACACCAGCAGGAAAGAGGCUGUGUCUCUGAAGGAGGAAGUGGAGGUGUUGAAGGCUGAGAGAGAGAGAGUGACCAGCUCAAUGAAAGACAUCAUCCAUGGAGCAGAGGGAUACAAGAACUUGCAGCUGGACUACGACAGGCAGACAGAGCAGCUGGAUAAGGAGAGAGAGACGGUGGAGGGAGCUGAGAAACAGAUCUCCGAGCUGACCAAACGACUAAACACCGCAGUACAACAGCAUGAACAGCUGUGGUCGGAGAGUGAGGACCUGAUGACCGAGUUGGAGACUCUGAGGAGCACGGUGAGACAGAUGGAAGGACAGACAGCAGAACUACACAGACAGACAGACACCCUGAACAGAGACCUGCAGGCUGAGAGACUACUGAAGGAGCAAAAGACUAAGGAGCUGUCGUCGUUGCAGAAGGAGGUAGAGGAGUUGACAGUUCAGCUCCGCAGACAGAAGCAGCAGUCUCAGCAGACAACACAGGAGCUAGAGCAGCUACGCAAGGAGGCCCAGCAAAGCUCGUUGUUGGACAUGGAGAUGGCAGACUAUGAACGCCUGGUCAAAGAACUCAACACCAAACUGUCAGAGAAGGACGUGUGUGUGGAGGAGCUGAAAACACAGAUACACACACACACACAGGAAGAAGACGCACUCAACCAGGAGAUCGAGGUUCUGAAGUCCCAGCUGGACCAGGGGGAGGAUAAGAGCUCCAAGAUGAAACAGCUGCUGGUGAAAACCAAGAAAGACCUGGCUGAUGCCAAGAGACAGGAAGCCAUUCAGAUGAUGACGCUGGCCUCUCUGAAGGGAGAGCUGGAGGCACAUCAACAGCAACUAGAGAACAACAAGAUCCAGUGCUGUGACCUGACUGCGGAGCGCCACAGACUGCAUGAGCAGCUGAGGACACUGACUGAACAACAGCAGAGAACAAGCAGCUCCCUGCAACAGAGACUGACCACACUACAGCAGGAGGCUAACACUGCCAAGGCUGAGCUGUCAUCUGUCACUGCUGAGUUUGACAGCUAUAAGGUCAGAGUUCACAACGUCCUCAAACAACAGAAGAACAAAACCUCAGCACAGAGUGAUGGAGACGCCACUAAACAGGACAGAGAGCAGAUGGAGUCCAUGGUGGACCAGUAUAAAGCCAAGCUGCAGGACAGUCAGCAGAGUCUGGCGGCGAGCACUGCGGAACUACAACAGCUCCAGAUGGAACAUGACACACUGCUGGAACGACACAACAAGAUACUGCAGGAGAACCGUCGCUAA